AGAUGCGCGUAAGGAUCAAACAGUACUAGUUCAACGCGCGAUUAGUAUACGUAGAUUCUGUCAAAGCUUAGAAGGAUAUAAUAUAGUGUUUGAAAGGAAGCAUGGCGUUAAAUACGCGAAUAGAGAAUCUUCACCGCUACGUUAUGUGUGAAAAUAUACUAAUUAUGGAUUUGAAGUCGGCUAUGUUCUACGAUGACGAAUGGAUCUCAUAUAAUGACGGUGUGUAUCAGUUCGACUGGUUAAAUGAAAAUUCUAAUCCUGAAGCGAACAAAAUGCAGCUUGGAGUUUGGUGGAAUAUGGACGGAAUUAUCGAAUAUUUUGUUAGACAAUCUACAAUAAGUUCCAUAGAUGUACACUUUUCUAAUUCAUUUAAGAACGCAGAUUUACAGCUGCGUCAUUCCAAAGGUUUUCCCGAGACCCACCAAUUACAUUUAAUGAUAGACUAUGCAAAACCACAGUUCACGGUGGAUACAUAUAAAUAUAUAACAGCAAAAAACUAUACGAUUGUUCCGUUGUCACUGGAAUCCGAGAAAGACUCACCAACCAGAUUCUAUUUGUUCAAAAACUUUAAUCAACUUCUCCAAAAUAAAAAGAAAAAAUAUAAUGGAGAUAUAGCAAAAGCGAUGGAAGACUUUCGUAAAAAAGAGGCCACAUUUUUUGAGAAAGGGAUUCAUACGUUUGUUGAAAAUUGUAUGAAAUAUUACAAUAGAGGCAGAAGAUCGAUCGAAGGUUCACAGGCUUAUUCCAUGUGCCAUUUGGAUUCUUAACACGAAUGUACGCAUUGUACUAUUCGAAUGCUUACAUUUAAUUGAAACACUUUAUUAUGCAUGAUACUUUCGUGAUUUUUACAAGAAUUGGCGUAAAUCUAUAUUGGUAAAGAGAUUUCUGUCAAUAAAUCAAAUAAAAGAAAAUACUUAUA